AUGAACACUGCUGCAGCACCUGAGCUUAGUGACAUCAAUGAUGUUUGUGCCACCACCUCCUUGUUUGAGAGUGAUGCAGGUAAUAGUCCGGUUAGAAUGCUUUCUGACAAAUUAAAUGAGGCGAUGAGUUUCCCUGUGCUGUUUCCGAUGAGCACAAAUACAUUCCACACCAGCCGCAUGCAUCGCUUAAAAUUGUCGCGCUAUUUUAAUAAUCUGAUAAUGCAUGCCGACGGCCGUUUUGCGCACAAUGUGGAAUAUAUAUUCUUUAUCCAGUAUAUGUCCGAAAUGGACCAAGUGAUAUGUAGCAUUUUGGUCGCGAUGCGUAAAGGUAAGGGGGGUCAGCAUUCUCAGUGGAUUUGCCCGGGCAUGCUCAAAGACGACAAGUCUCUGAAGCGCUUGCUACAGUUCGAUGACGGUUUUUGUUUCCUUCGGCCCAUUCGCGGGACGCCAGCUUUUUGGUCUUCGGCUCAGAAAGACCUUUUGGCUUGUGUCCGCCAAUUGGGGAUUCCAACAUGGUUCUGCUCCUUUUCUUCUGAUGAUUUGCGCUGGCAGAAUCUCCUUGCCAGCAUCCUGAGACAGGAAGGCAGACAGCAGACAGUAGAACAGUUAGAGUGGGCCGAUAGGUGCGAACUGUUGCGUCGCAACCCGGUCACAGCCGCGAGGAUGUUUGACAACAGGUAGCACUGUUUUUUGAAGGAAGUACUCAUGUCCCUGUCUCAACCAGUUGGCAAGAUUGUAGAUUACUUUUAUCGAAUUGAGUUCCAGCAGCGUGGGUCCCCCCAUGGUCAUGUGCUGUUUUGGAUUGAGGGAGCUCCCCAAAUUUAUAAAAACACAGAUUUAGAAGUUGCAGAGUUUAUUGAUAAAUAUGUGUCAUGUGAGCUACCCUCAGACGAUGACACACUAUUGGAAGUUGUGUCAUCGGUUCAAACGCAUUCAAAACGGCAUUCAAAGUCAUGUCGUAAAAAUAAAACGAAAUGCCGUUUCAAUUUUCCAAAACCGAUCUCUGCAUGCAGGUUCAUCUGCAAAAUCAAAGAAUGUGUUUGUGCUAAAAAGGGAACGAGGACAGAGGGUAGUUGUAUUUCAGAAAACAGGCCACAGUGCAGCUGUCUGGGCGAUGAGGGACAGAAGUUGCCAAAGGAGGUUGCGCGGUUGAAUAUGUCGAGAGUAAAGGAUGCCAUGGAGAGGAAAGAGCCUUUUGGUAGCGUAGAAGAGUUGUUUGCCAGUGUGGGCAUCAACCAGGCAGUCUUUGAGCUCGCUUAUAGGCGGCUGGAGACUAAAAAUAAGGUGGUUUAUAGGCGAGGGGUAAACGACACCUGGGUUAACCAGUACAAUAGGAAUUUAUUGAAGUGUUGGAAUGCUAACAUGGACAUUAGCUUUGUCACUGACGCCUACGCAGUCAUCGUAUACAUAAUAAAGUACAUCACAAAAGCAGAGACGGAAAUAGGUAUGUUAUUUAGCAAUGCCCUUAAAGAAGCAAAUAAACAAGGUAAUCUCUCAGCUAAAGAUGCUUUAAAGAAACUGGGCAGUGUAUAUUUACACAACAGAGAUGUCUGCGCUCAGGGGGGAGUGUAUAGGCUAAUGAGCAUGCAUUUGAAAGAAUGUUCCAGGAAGGUUGUGUUUAUUCCAACAGGGAAUGACAUUUUGCGGAUGAGUUUACCCCUCAGUGUGUUGUUGCGAAAGGCUUCCUCAGAGGGUCUUAGGUCAGAAGACAUGUGGAUGACAAGUAUUGUAGAUAGGUAUAGGAACAGGCCCGAUAGUGUCGUGUUUGAGGAUAUGUGCAUAGCCACAUUUUGUUCGGAGUAUCGUGUUCUCAGCAAGAAUGAAAAAUCAGACAAUAGGUACAGACUACAAGGGGGUUUAGGGUUCAUCUUGCGGAGAACACAAACUCAGUUUGCCGUCGUUCGCUACAUGCAGUUUAAAUUAGACAAACAGGAGGAAGCCCACUUUCAGAGUUUGUUGCAGUUGUUCCUUCCUCAUAGAACUGAUUUAGACCUCAAGCCGGAAGGCUUUGAGUUCUACAAACAGUUCUAUGAGAAAGGUAAUGUGACGUCGGCUGGCGGGACCGCGCGGCCAGUGCGAGACGUCAUCAAUAAAAACAGGGCAAAGUUUGAAGUGGACUGUCCUUGAUUAGAGCGUGCGCAGGAGAUGGCGGACCGGUUCGAUAAUGUCGAUGACGAUGCGUGGGGGGACCUUUGUCCUGAACAGCAAAUCGAACACAUGGAAUGUUUAGAGGAGAAGCGGCGACAGCAGCAGGGGGAAAUUAGGGAAGAGCAGCUAGUUGAAUGGGAGGAAAAUGUCCCUGAUUUGUUUGUUGGUGGUAAACAAGUAGCUCAAUUUGAGAGAAACACCAACAUUUUGUCUAGAAGGGAGGGUUUAGCUCUGGUCCAUUCUCUGAAUGAGACGCAGAGGAGCAUUUUUGAUUGGAUUAGGAAAUGGUGCCUAGAAAAGGUGAUGGGAAAAAACCCGGAACCUUUCCAUGCGUUCGUAACUGGUGGGGCAGGUACUGGAAAAAGCCAUUUGAUUAGAGCUAUCCAGUACGAGGCAGGGAGACUAUUGUCGCGUCUGUACCAACCAGAUGAAACCUGCGUACUCUUAACUGCUCCCACAGGCAUAGCUGCAUACAAUUUACAUGCAGCCACAAUUCACCACACCUUCAGUAUUGGCAUGCAGGUUAGUUUACCGUCCAUCCCUCUGGGUGAAGAUAAGAUAAACUCCUUGAGGGCUCAAUUUGGUCACCUACAAAUUCUAAUCAUUGACAAAAUCAGUAUGGUAGAUCAUCAUCUUUUAGCUUAUGUGCAUAGCCGGUUAACACAAAUUAAACAGACGGGGGACUUUUCUUCAUUUGGCAACGUUAGUGUUGUAGCUGUCGGUGACUUUUACCAGUUGCCACCCGUUAAAGGGAGGCCGCUGUACACCAGUCAGGUGGGUGUGGACCUCUGGUGUCAUUUUACAAAAGUAGCACUAAAAACAAUUGUGAGGCAAAAAGAUAGUGUAUUUUCUGAGCUGCUAAAUAGACUUAGAGUUCGGUCAAAGCAAACCCCCUUAUUGAAAAGCGACGUAGAUAUCCUCAAGUCCCGGGAGACGGGGGAAGAGAGCGCAGCUUUGCACAUUUAUCCCAGGAAUAUGCAAACCAGCGCGCAUAAUCUGGAGCGGUUAUUCGCAACCUGUCCAGAUUAUGUUACAAUCGAGGCCCAAGAUUUUAUUAACAGUAGGAAGUCAGGUGAAUUAAAGCGCAUAUUCGAGCAUCACGGCAAAACAUCGUACACGUGUUUGGCCAAGAGUUUGUGUUUGGCUCUGAAAGCACGUGUAAUGCUUUGCAAAAAUGUUGACGUGGCAGACGGUCUGGUCAAUGGCGCAUGUGGAAUGACUUAUAUUCAAUUUGGAGCAGAUAAAGACUUCCCCCUCGCAGUCUAUGUGAAAUUUGACGAUCCAAAAAUAGGCUCACAAAGGAGGAAUGAAUUUGCUGCUGUAGAAUGCCCGCAUUCUACUGCCAUUGAUCCCGUGGAGGAUUCGGCGACACAAUGCGGCGGUUUGCGUCGUCAGUUUCCUCUUAAACUCGCGUGGGCCUGCACUGUUCACAAAGUGCAAGGUCUAACUGUAGAGGAGGUUGUCGUGUGUUUAGGCAAGGUAGCAGCUGGGCAGGCGUAUGUCUCCCUCAGCCGUGUUAGGGAUAUGUCCGGCCUUGUGAUUAGAGAUUUUGAGGAAAAGGCCAUUUACUGCAAGGACACCGUCAAGGAGGCAUUGGAUAGCAUGCCCCCAUUUCUAAUUGAACAGCCACAGCCUUCAUUAGAAACCAGUUUCUCUCUGUAUUUAAUGUACGUUCAAAAUUUAAGUUACCACGCCGCUCAUUUGGUGUCUUGCACGCAGCAUUUCCGUAACUGUAUUGCUGUCACAGAGACGUGGCUUAGUGCACAAUCCUCAACAGACUGCGUCCAAAUAGAGGGAUACACUUUCCACAGUCGUCCUCGAGCCUUGUGUUACAGCAGCAAUGAUGUCAAAUUAUCUGAGAUUAGAGCUUUAGAACAUGGCGGAGUGGGUUUAUAUGUUGUAGAUAAUUCGGACUGUGAGAUUCUGCAGGUGCCCAAUUUAAAUCUGGAGUGUUUGGUGUGCCUGUUUACCAAAGAGAACAUUUUGAUGGCAGUAAUUUAUCGUCCGCCAUGUUAUCCAAAUUCACUUUUUAAAUCAAAUCUAGUUAGAUUACUUGAUUGGGUAAAUCCAAUCAGUAACACAAUUGAUAUAAUGGGAGAUUUUAAUGAAGACUUUCUCAAGCAUACAUCAAUUUGUAAAUGAAUGGGCCAAAAUGGAUUUUAUCAGCAUGUAACACAAGAGACUACAGAGAAUGGGACAUUAAUUGACCAUGUUUAUGUGAAAACAACGCAGUAUGCUGUGGAUUGUGCGGUGGUGUUGUCCACUUAUUUCAGCGACCACGAAGCCAUCCUGUGUGGUUUUCGUGCUCAAGAUGAAGGGGAUUUGUUUGAUUUGGAUGUGUUGUUUGCAGAUCAUUUUGCUGAUGAAGAGGGACUUUUUGAUGGCGAGUCUAAGGCAGAGUAG